AUGGCACACAGAAGGGAAGAUGGAUUCCUUGUAGUAGGGGAAGCUGUUGAUGGUAUAAGAGUGCAAGAAGAAGGUGUAAGUAUUACUGUGCAAGAUAAAGAUGUAAGGGUGAUGCAGAAUGAUGUUGAGAUAAAAGGGGAUACGAAGGAAAAUGAGUCCCUAGCAGGAAGAAAAUCUGUGCGCAGAUUCAGAGGAAUAAAGUCUACAAGGAGUGUGAGGAGCAGGGGAAAAAACCAACUUCAUGAUGUGUGCAUGGAAUGGAAUGCAGAAAUCUCUGAAAUGGCCGAGGAGACGGGCCUUAACAUGCCCCCAACUCUACCAUGA